GAUCAGGUGGUCUGCACGGCCUUCCUGCCCUGCACUGUGGGGGACGCCUCUGCCUGCCUGACCUGCGCUCCUGACAACCGCACCCGCUGUGGCACCUGCAACACUGGCUACAUGCUGAGCCAGGGACUCUGCAAGCCUGAAGUCGCAGAGUCCACUGAUCACUACAUUGGCUUUGAGACUGACCUGCAAGAUCUGGAGAUGAAGUACCUGUUACAAAAGACGGACAGACGAAUUGAAGUCCAUGCCAUUUUUAUCAGCAAUGACAUGCGCCUCAAUAGUUGGUUUGACCCUUCCUGGCGCAAGCGGAUGCUCCUCACCUUGAAGAGUAACAAGUACAAGUCAAGCCUGGUCCAUAUGAUCUUGGGGAUCUCUUUGCAGAUUUGCUUAACUAAAAACAGCACCUUGGAACCAGUCUUGGCUAUUUAUGUCAAUCCUUUUGGAGGCAGCCACUCCGAGAGCUGGUUCAUGCCUGUGAAUGAAAACAGCUUUCCAGACUGGGAGCGGACUAAGCUGGACCUCCCCCUGCAGUGUUAUAACUGGACACUGACUCUGGGGAACAAAUGGAAGACAUUUUUUGAGACAGUACACAUCUACCUGAGGAGUCGCAUCAAGUCAAAUGGCCCGAACGGCAAUGAGAGCAUUUACUACGAACCUUUGGAGUUUAUGGAUCCUUCCCGGAACCUGGGCUACAUGAAAAUCAACAACAUUCAAGUGUUUGGCUACAGCAUGCACUUUGACCCUGAAGCAAUUCGGGACCUGAUUUUGCAACUGGACUACCCCUAUACUCAGGGAUCCCAGGAUUCAGCACUUUUGCAACUACUAGAGAUAAGAGACCGUGUAAAUAAACUCUCCCCACCUGGUCAGCGUCGUCUAGAUCUUUUCUCUUGCUUGCUUCGUCAUAGACUCAAGCUGUCGACGAGUGAAGUGGUGAGGAUCCAAUCCGCUCUGCAGGCAUUCAAUGCCAAAUUGCCAAACACAGUGGAUUAUGACACAACCAAAUUAUGUAGUUAACCGUAAAUGUCAAGCACAACCCAAAAUCUUGAAGGAGUUUUUACAGUGCUUUUGUGGAACAGUUUAUGUUUGGAAGAGUAAAUUUAAAUUGUCUUUUCAAUAUCUGUCUUAUAUCAGUCGAUAACAUUGGAUGGCAAUUUUCACACAUGAACUUGCUGACAAUGAAUAUAUUAUACCGCAGUUUUGGUUUAUGAAUGAAAUAAAUACUGACACCAGUCUAGAAGACAUUCUACUUUUUACAAUAAAUUUCGUUUGUAAUUUUAUAUGUUCCGUGGCAAUGCUUUUGUGCAUUACAUCCUCUAGGGGGAACAUAAAAA